UUAGAAUAAAUUAUUAUUCUAGGAAUUUGUAAAAAUGCAAGAAGUAGUACAAGGUCGAAAAGUGAAGCCUGCACAUUGUUACGGGACAUUGGAUUUACAGAUGGCAUUUUGCUGUCCCAUCCCUCCAUUCUUUGCCAAAGAAAUAGCAUUGGUUUGCGGCGUGCACGCUGGUGUGGUAGAAAAAAAUAUACCGGGAACAAACAUCACUGGUCUGGCGCGAAUCGGGCUCACUUGCGAACAAUGGACCUGUAUUUUGAUGAGAUACCGCAUUUAUACAGCCGAAAAUUUGCAAGAUGAAACCGUAGAUGAAUACAGGAUGUACGAUCAUUUAGACAGAUGGCUGGAACUGAACCCUGAGUUUAAACGAGCUAUUUUCAAAGCAAAAAUUGUGUGCAAAGAAGGUUUAGCGCCACUGAUGCCUUUACAAAUAUGCAUGUUCAAACAAUACAUACAAUGCCUAAGGAACUAUCUAAAACUAGACUGUCCACCAGCCAUUAUGGUUAAAACGAAAAUAUGCCAGAAGCAGAAAGAGUUCUAUGACGAAUGCAGAGAAUUCUUUUAUUAAAAUAAGGGCAAUGAAACAAUAAAUUUUAUGUUUACUCUAAUGAGUGAAUUUAUUCUAAUGUUGAAACCACAU